AUGGGUAACGACGGUGGCAGUAUCCCGACGAGACGCGAGCUGGUCAAGGAAGCCGCCCGCGACCCCACCACCACCGAGAUCAAGCAGUCGCAACACGAACGUCAAGAAUACGGCUGGUCUACCGAUCCCAUCACUCGCAAACCUCUCUCACCGCCCAUCGUCUCGGAUUCAAAUGGCAAAUUAUACAACAAAGAGUCCAUCAUCGAGUAUCUACUGCCCUCCGACCAUGCCACCACCACCAAAGCCGACGCCGACACAGUACUUCAAGGCUCAGUCAAGAGUCUGAAAGACGUCGUAGAAGUCAAGUUCGAUGUCGAUACCAAUGCUGGAAAGGAUGCAAAAAAUGCUUGGAAAUGUCCUGUCACUGGCGACCGUCUCGGCCCUGGCGAAAAGGCCGUCUACCUCGUUCCCUGCGGCCAUGCCUUCUCCGCCACUGCCAUUAAAGAAGUCUCGGGAGAGCGUUGCGUUACUUGCGAUCAAGAGUACGCCUCUAACGACAUUAUCCCCAUCCUGCCUACCACACCAGAAGAUAUUGCUCGCCUGAGCCUGCGCGCCAAGACGUUGAAGGAAAAGGGCCUUGCCCAUUCUCUCAAGAAAGCCGCAAAGGAAUCAAAGAAGCGCAAGAAGCGCGAAGAGGUUGAUGAGGCUCCCGCUCUGGUUCCCGUCACUGACAAGAAACAUGCCAAUAACAUCAACAACUCUUCAACUGCUGCUCUGACAGCAAAGGUCCUGCAAGAGCAAGAAGCAAAGAAGAGAAGAAUGCACAAUGACAAUCUCAAGACGCUUUUCUCUUCUAGAGAUCAAAGUAAGCCACUAGGCAAGAGUGCAGACUUUAUGACAAGAGGCUAUGAUAUCCCUGCUGGCGCAAAGAGGUGA